AAAAGAUGCGAUGAUGCCCCUUCUCUGAAGUAUGGGUGUCAACGGAUACGAUUCAGCUACUAGGCCGAAUCUCCUUCAGACCGCUACCUUCCUGAUCUUUUUAUUUGACGGUGUCAUUUACAGACACACGCCCCCAACCCAAGCUAAAAAGUCACCUUGCCGUUUACGCAUCCUUCUGCAUCUUCAAAUCGCAACUUCUUCAACAAACGACGUACGCUUUGAUUCCACUUCCAUCAUACCGGUGUAGUCUAUUAUAGGACUCCAGGUUAUGGGUUUCGCCAACGCGCGUUUAUAACACCCGCUUACAUUAGUUCGUUAUUAGACGAACCGUCGGAGCCGAAACUCGGAAACAAUCACCCCGAAAGAGUUGUCUCUCGCUGUUUAAGUGGGCAGCCAACUCCGCCAUCAACAACCAGAGGCAUCCAUCGCAAAGAAAAUGGAAAUCACCGAACUUGUCAACAAUAAGGAGCGCUUCCGUCGCUUCUACUGCAGUUGGAAGACCUGCGAGAAGGGAUUCAACCGCAAGUCGGACCUUAUCAGACACUUUCGAAUUCAUACAAAUGAGCGGCCCUAUCCUUGCCCAGCACCGGGCUGCGAGAGGAGUUUCAUCCAAAGAAGUGCGUUGACUGUACACCUCCGGACACACACUGGAGAGAAGCCAUACGAAUGCCAGUACCCUGGGUGCUACAAACGGUUUGCAGAUUCGUCGAGUUUUUCACGCCAUCGUCGAGUGCAUUUGGGCAAGCGCCCGUAUACAUGCGCUGUUGAAACCUGCCGAAAAAGUUUCUGUCGCAAGGUGGCUUUGAUUCAGCAUCAGAAGAUCUACCACGACUCGGCGUCUGGGGAGGAAUCCGACGCGUCUUUGGAGGAACUCACGAACACUUCGAAAGACGACAGCCCCAUGACGAGUCCGAUUUCGAUGCCAGAACAUGUUCACAAUGAUACAACGAGCCCCACGCAAACGAUAGAGGAGCAUCAAUCUUCCCCUGACUACAUGCAUCACACAACACGCCCGCUCAAUAAACCAAAUGAGCCGUUUUACGAGAGCCAAGCCAGUGAGCAAUUGGCAUUCCCGACCAUCCAACCGGAAUACGAGUAUGAAGAGCCACAGGGCUUCUACCAGGAUCCUCUCUACUCAAGCUGCAACGAGGAUGUCGUAUAUCAACGGCCGAAUCCCUCUUGGAACUUCUAUCCGUCUCCCCAGUACUCACCCUGCGGGUGCAACCCACAUCCAGCAACUGUACCUUGGAGUCCAGCGGCUAUGACUGGCAACGGAGACGUCGGCAACGGGACUGGAUAUCUGCUUGCGCAAGAUCACGCGCCUUCCAUGGCUGGAUAUCCUCCAGCUAUUAUACCACGCCAUGCCCAGCAUGUUCAGGAGGCAGAGUGGCCGAGAGGUCAGAUGUGGUACAAUGACGGGAUGCAAAUGUCCCCCGAUUUUGGCCCGGUCAGAAUGACAGAUACAUACAGAUUCGAUUGAAAUACGCACCUAUUGAUCUGCAAGUCAGUCACGAAUGGGCUUUGGUCGGUUGUAAUAGCAUAAGUUGCGCUGCUUUUCACACAGUUGAUUUUUAUGAGCGAACUAUUCCAUCUUAGAGCAGAAAUCUAUCUACAUAAUAUUCGAGAGAGCAACAAAG